CACGCAUCCCACCACACCCACACUCCCGCUGCCCAGCAUGCCACCGAAGAAGAAUCAGAAGGUCAGCCUGACCGACUUCCUGAACGACGAGUCGACCGGCAAGGUCAACUGGGCCGAUGACAUCGACGACCUGCCGACUGCGCCGUCUGGCCGCGGCUCGGAUGACCGCUUCGCCCGCCGUGGCGGCGACUACCUGUCCACUGUGCCGGACCGCGCGGACCGCGACCGCAUGAUGGGCCCGCGCAGCUCGGGCUUCGACGAGGACCGCGAGCCGCGGCGCGACCUGCCGCUGCCCGACAAGCCGCCGUACACGGCCUUCGUCGGCAACCUGAGCUUCGAGGUGACGGAGGACGAGGUCAAGGACUUCUUCCCCGGCAAGAACAUCAAGGUCCGCCUCGUCGAGCGCGACGGCCGCCCGAAGGGCUUCGGCUACGUCGAGUUUGACACGCUCGAUGAUCUCAAAGAUGGUCUGAGCCUCAGUGGCUCGCAGAUGGGCAGCCGCACCGUGCGCGUCAGCGUUGCUGAGCCGCCGAAGAGCGGCUUUGGCGGCUCGAGCAUGGCCGAGGAGGCCUCGCAGUGGCGCCGUGCCGGCCCGCUGCCGCCGGCGGACCCGCCUGCGCGCCGCGGCCCGCCCGGUGGCGGUGACCGCCCGAGCUACAACCGCUUCGAGUCCUCUGCCUCGACCGGCGGCGGCUUUGAUGCCAUGGAGGUUGGCGCCGGUGGCCGCAGCGGCUUCGGCAGCAAGUUCACGCCGGCACCGGCAGGCGUGCGCGAUGCGCCGCCGCAUGGUGCUCCCCGCACGCCGCGCGUCGGCGCUGACGGCGGCCCGCCGCCGCCGCUCGAGCCGUCGCAGGGCGACGAGGCGUCGAACUGGCGCACGGGCAAGCCCGUCGAGACGCCUGUCGAGGCGCGCCGGCCCAGCUCGGGUGUCACGCCCGGCGGUGCGGACCGCGCGCAGAGCUUCCGUGGCGGCGAUGCGACUCAGGUCGACGAGCGCUACGCUGGACAAGAGCGCAUGGGCUUCGGCAGCAAGUUUGCUGCCACGCCGCCGGAGAGCCCGAGCGGAGGCGCUGGCAAGCGCGCCGGCUUCGGCUUCGCAGCCGGCCGUGCCGGCCCGCCUGGCGCUCCCGGUGCUGGCCCGAGCGCUGCACCCGUGACGCCGACUGCCGGCGAUGAGGCCGACACCUGGCGCAACGCUGCUCGCCGGCCUGCACCCGCUCGCGGCCCGAGCCAGGGCCCUGCCGCUGGUGCGCCGCCGGCCGAGCGCAAGAAGCUCGAGCUGAAGCCGCGCAGCACGCCGACGCCGGCAGCCGAGGGCGGCGAGGCACCCAGCACGCCGCUGUCGCCCACCGGCGAGCAGAGCUCCUCCGGCCGCGCCAACCCCUUCGGCAACGCCAAGCCCGUUGACGCUGCGGAGCGCGAGCGGCUCAUCGAGGAGAAGAUGGCCGCGCGCGAGAAGGAGCGCAAGGAGCAGCGCGAGAAGGAGCAGGCGGAGCGCAUCGCUGAGCGGCAGGCCGCACAGGAUGCGGCGCCCAAGGGCCCGCGUGGCGACCGCAACAAGCCCGCCGGCGCAGCCGCAGAGGGCGGUGCUGCCUCGCCGGCCCCGGCUGGUGCUCCUACUGGUCCGCGCGCAUCUGGCUCGGCCGGCAACGCAUGGCGCCGCGAGCCGUCUGCCAGCUCGCCGUCGGUGCCAGCUGGCCCGGCGGCUGACGCCAAGAAGACGUCUGCGCCUUCGUCGGAGAAGGGAUCAAGCCAGGCUGAGGCCGUCGCCUCUCCGCCGGCACCCGCUGCUGCUGCGGCCGCACCAGUCGCACCGCCAAAGCCGGCACCGACGGGUGCCUGGGGCGGCGGCCGCAAGCCGAGCGGUGCGCUGAACCUGCCUUCGGGCGCGACGUCUCCCGCUGCCGGCAGCGGCUCUGCUACGCCGGCCGCGCAGGAGAAGGGCGAGGCGGAGAAGAGCGAGGCUGCGUCCGAGGUGCAGGCUGCAACAGAGGGUGUGGCUGCCGCCUCGCUCGACGAGAAGUCGGCGUAAGCAGCCGCCUCUGCCUGCCCACGCCGCCUGUGCCCGUGCUCCUGCUUGCCCCCCGUUGCUGCGCCUCUGCCGUGCCUCUGUAGCGUCACUCAGUCCUCGACCGCAUCAUCCUGCGCCUGCACCUUAGACAAGCUCUGUUCCAUCACGCUCCCCCCUCUGGCCCUUCUGCGCCGGCACUGUGCCGUCGUCUUCACCCUCCCUACCCCCAAAAUCGUUGACAUCGCGCGCGGCGUCGUGCGGUGCUCGCAUAAUGUGAUCUCAGUAUGCCCCG